AAGCUAAAUUCCGCCGUUAUAUCUAGUUCCUCCGGCUUUCUCCACUGCCGGAUGCACUCCGCCUAAUACUCUCAAGUCCUGAAGACGGCGACGGGACAGGAUGGGCAGGGCAACAGAGCCGCGCAGUCCGCUGAGCUACUGAAGAGCGGCGCCUGGAGCCACUCACGUGCGGUGGGCGCGCAGGUCCCGACCCCCGACCAGCGCAGACUGCAGAGAAGCCCCGCGGUAGAACGCGUCGCCCGGCUACCGCCAUCGCGUCGUCUUCUCUAGAAUCGUCAGGGCCGGGCCUGAGCUCCCACCGACGGCACCCCGGGCCCGGUGCAGUCGCAGGCCUUCCCUCCAAUGAUUCAGAAGUCACGCCCGGCGCUGCUGCAGCCUCAAGAUGUCGGAGACAGGGUGGAAACGCUUAUGUUGCAGCCCGUGAUCAAAGCUUUCCUGUGCGGCUCCAUCAGUGGGACCUGCUCUACCCUCCUUUUCCAACCCCUGGACCUCCUCAAAACGCGCCUGCAGACCCUCCAGCCCUCAGCCUGUGGAUCCAGACGUGUUGGGAUGUUGGCUCUGCUCUUGAAUGUGGUUCGCACGGAGAGUCUGUUGGGCCUCUGGAAAGGGAUGUCCCCCUCCAUCGUGAGGUGCGUCCCUGGCGUUGGAAUCUACUUUGGCACUCUCUACUCUUUGAAGCAGUACUUCCUGCGAGGCCAUCCCCCCACCGCCCUGGAGUCAGUCAUACUGGGGGUGGGCUCCCGCUCUGUUGCGGGGGUCUGCAUGUCACCCAUCACUGUGAUCAAGACACGGUACGAGAGCGGGCGGUAUGGCUAUGAGAGCAUCUACGCGGCCCUGAGGAGCAUCUAUCACAGCGAGGGGUACCGGGGUCUCUUCAGUGGCCUGACAGCAACACUCCUUCGUGAUGCCCCCUUUUCUGGAAUCUACUUGAUGUUUUACAACCAGACGAAAAACAUUGUGCUUCAUGGACUAUGGGCUGCGUGGCUUCUUCCAAGGCGGUGUCCCCCGGGCCCUCCGCAGAACUCUGAUGGCAGCCAUGGCGUGGACAGUCUACGAAGAGAUGAUGGCCAAGAUGGGCCUGCAGUCCUGACCGAGCCGGGACCAGGCAGAGAUGGGAUCUGUUGCCCUGCCUGGUUUCUGCCAAGGGCCUCUUCAUCUCACUGCCCUGGAGUCGGACGAAGUCCUAUCUGGAGAGCCAGGCAAACACGUCACCUUCAGUUACCCAGCUCAAGAAGAGAAUAGGUGGGCCCGACUCAAGCCUUCCAGACCUCCCAGAAGAGGAGUCACUGACAUGGACAUCAUAUUGGAGAGUUAGGAGAAGGGUUUGCAUACCCUGCAAGGCUACUUGAAAAGGCAUUUCCAGAGAGUGCUCUGUCCAGUGGCUCUGCUCAGCCACCCACUGCACCACAGUGCCUCUUUGGAUCUGCUCUUGGGCAGUGCAGCGCCAGGGAUGCUGUGGGCCGCCUGCAGUGGCGGAGGAGUUCCAGCAGCCAGGCUGGAUCUGCUGAGAGAGGAGUCACUGUCACCAGGCUGAAGUCUGCCUCUGAGGUGAUGUUAGAAUGAGGAAGAACAGAUGUCACGACUUCUUUGGUUCCUCAUCGACUUCUCAGAGGCUCCGGAGAAGGGGGGCAGUGGCUUCCUAGCCCCUAAGUGUCCAAAUAAUAUUGUUUGAUCUUGGCUCCGGCACUGUUUCAACUCCAAGUUGCUCUGGCAUUUUUCUGCAGCUAAAGUUGGAUAAAUAAAGUGAAGCACUUUAUCAUUGAAUAACCUCAAGU